UUGAUUAAUCGUUCAUGUGUAUUUAGUGUUAUUUGUGUGUUUAUAAAUAAACACGUGUGUGUGAAUAGGCAUCAUUCGAAAUUGAAAUCAAAAUUUUUUUUUUUCUUUUUAUAAAAAUGCAAAAUUUAAUUCUUAAACAAACUGAAACGAUUCGUUUAUUAGAUGAAUCAACAAUAUUCAAUAAACAAAAUGAUCAAUUUGUUUUUGAUGGAUCUUACAGUGUGGCUUAUAUUGUUUCGAAUUUUUCGAUUUAUUCAUUUCAUUUAGAUGAUAAACAGAUAAUUCAUCGUGCUAAUUUUCAAAGCUUGCUUCAAAACUAUUAUAAUGAUGAGAACAAUUAUCCAACGAUUGUCUAUUGUCGAUAUAUGAUUGAAGAUGAACUUUUAUUCAUAUUAUUCACCGAUGGCCUUAUAAUCAACUAUGAUACUGUCAAUGAUUUAUUGACGGAAAAAUCAUUGGACAAUAUUGAUGAUACUACGGGUAUUAUUGAUGGUGCCAAAUUUAGUUACGAUCAAGAAUUAUUGGUUGUGAAUACCAGCAAUAAUGUAAUGUUAUUAUUCAAUAAAUUGUUGGUGUUGAAAAGUCGAUACGACUUGAAUGUUGAUGAAUAUGGUGCCAAUGAAAUGAUCAAUAUUAAUUGGGGAUCAAAAGAAACACAAUUUCAUGGACAAGGAAUGCGUGAUCAUCGUCAUCGUAAUAUUGUUGAUGAACAACAACAAACUAUUAAUCCGUUAAUCGAUGAUCGAAAAUGUUUUAUCGAUUGGAAACAUGAUGAUUAUCAUUAUACAAUUAAUUUUCUUUCACCAAAAGGAUAUCGUCUAUUGAAAAUAUUCAAUCGUGAUGGUAUACUUCAACAUACAAGUGAAUCGAUACCUGGUUUGCAAAAAGUUAUUGCUUGGAAACCAUCCGGUUCAUUAAUAGCAUCAGCACAAUUGACUGCCAAUUCGUAUGAUAUAAUUUUUUUCGAAAAAAAUGGUCUAAAACAUGGACAAUUUAAAUUACCAUCAUGUUUUAAGGUGAAUGAAUUCCAAAUUGAAACAAUUGCCUGGUCUUAUGAUUCAUCCAUAUUGUUGGUGGCUGGAUUUCGAACAACGCCAACCAUUGAUACUGAGGAUGAACGGAAAAACAAAAUUCAAGAAAUUUUGUUUUUUACACAAAACAACUAUCAUUGGUAUCUUAAACAGAAAAUUCAAAUCAAACAGGAGCAAAAAUUUAUUCAGAAAAUUUUAUGUGAUGAAAUUGAAUAUCAACGAUUACAUAUGAUAUCAACGGAUUUUGAUUAUCAUUGUUAUAAUUAUGAAUUAGCAUCGCAAACAACUGAAACCGGUACUGUAUUAUUGAUCGAAGGUAAUCAAUUGAAUAUUUCGGAUAUGAAUUCUACUUGUGUACCACCACCAUUAUAUACAUACGCAAUUAAAUUCACCGAAACCGAUAUUAUCAAUCAGAUUUGUUAUCGUGGACAAUUUUUAGCAGUUUUUCUUAACGAUAUGAUCAUGAUUUUGAAAUUAACCGAAUCUACAAUUGAAAAUGUUAAUAAUUUAAAUCAUCCAAUUGUUUAUCAAUUUGAAAAUAUUUCCCUCAAUUUACAAAUGAUUUAUCUGCCAGUAUUUUAUGAUAAAAUCCAAAAUAUUGAUAAAUUUUUACUACCAUUAAUCGAUAAUGAAGGUCGAAUAUUUGGCUGUAUUGAUAGUCGAAAAAUUGUUUGUUUUGAUUAUCGACAAAACAACAACAUUAUUGAUCAUCAAAUUGAAUUUGAUUGUCAUCAUAUGUUAUCGAUAUCGGAUAGAAAAUUAUUAUUGAUUGAUUCUGCGAAUCAAUUUUAUCAAUUCGACUGCAAUGGAAUCAUAUUGCCAAUAAUGACAGAAAAUCCCACAACAUAUGAUGGAAAAAUUGUUAAUGUUUUAUUGUUCAACAACCAUACUGAUGAUGAUGAUGAAUUGCAUUUUUUUAUUUUAACCAAAAAUUAUUCAUUAUAUCAUAAUGAAAUGUUGAUAAUGAAAUCAAAUGUUAAUUCGAUACUUUUACAUAGCGAUGGUUAUCUACUAUUCACUACUAUUGAUAAUAAAUUUUAUUGUUGGCCAAUCAAGGAUUUUAAUCCAACAAGUUUACAACGAAAUUUUCCCGGUCGUAAUCUUGAAUGUGGAAGUAAAUUGUUGGCAAUUUCCGAAUCGAAUUCACGUGUUAUUGUUGAAUUACCACGUGGAAAUUUGGAAGCAUUUUGCCCGAGGAUUCUUCUUCUAGAUCUUGUUGAUAAACAUUUAGAUUCAAAAAGAUUUGUUAAAGCAUUUGAAAUUCUUCGAAAAAAUCGUAUAAAUUUAAAUUAUAUUUGUGAUUAUAAUUUUGAAAUGUUUAUUGAAAAUUGUCGACAAUUUAUCGAACAGCUUGAUGGUGAUAAUCAUAUUGAUUGGUUAUGUUUAUUAUUAUUCGAUUUAUCACCAUCAAAUCUUUAUCAUAUUAUGACACAUCAUGAACCAGAAAUACGAAUUGAAAAUAAAAUAAACAGAAUUUGUGAUAAAUUUCUUGAAACAUUAACCGGGAUGGAUGAAGUAAAAUUUAUUAAACCAAUUUUAUUGUGUCAUGUAAAAAAAGAUGUACAAGAAAUUGAUGAAGCUUUGUAUCGAAUUUAUCGAUUAAAUGAUGGAAAAUUACAACAGAUGGCCAUCAAAUUCUUGUUGUCAAUUGUUGAUUUGAAACGAUUGCUUGAAGAAGCAUUAGGAACUUAUGAUUUUGAUUUGUUACUGAUGGUUGUUUCGAAAUCGAAUAAAGAUCCAAAAGAAUUUCAAAUGUUAAUCGAAGAUUUUCUAACAAUCGAAGAUGAUAAUUAUAGAAAAUAUCGUAUCGAUCUUUAUUUACAUCGUUAUCGAAAAUGUUUACAACAUUUACAAAAAUGUCCAGAUAAAUUAGAUGAAGCAUUACAAUUAAUACAGGAUAAAAAUUUAUUUAAAGAUGCAAUUGAAAUCUAUGGUCUGAAUCAACAACAACAACAACAAAAUGGUUUGGAACAAAUAUGGAAUGUAUAUGGUGAUUAUCUUUAUAAAAAAUGUUAUUAUGAAGAAGCUGGUAUUGUUUAUAAUCGUGCCAAAAAUUAUUUACAAGCAUUUAAAAUGUAUGUACAAUCGGGUAAUUGGAAUCAAGCUUGUAUUUGUGCACGAAAAACAUAUCCAAAUGAUAAUGAUGAUGAUAAUUAUAAACAAUUAUUACGUUCUUUAAAACAAAAUUUAUUAAUGAAUGGAAAUUAUAAUGCAGCAGCUUAUAUUUGUGAUGUUUAUCUUGAAAAUCCGGAUGAAACAUUUAUUAUUUUGGUAAAAGGUCAUCUUUGGUAUGAAGCAAUUGAAUAUCAUCAUAAACAUCAAUUAAAUGAAUCAUUAAUGGAAAAAGAAUUCAUUGAUGAAAUGUUACAAUCAUAUAAUCAUAUGAUUGAAAAUCUAAAUGAUAAAAUUCAAAUUCUUAAUAAUCAUUUAGAAAGAUUAAAAGAAUUGCAGGAAAAUACUAGAAAAUUUGAACAAAAUUUGAAUGAAAAAGAUGAUAAUUUAGAUACAUAUUCCGAUACAAGCAGUGUUUGUAGUGAUACAUCAUCAUUACAAUCAUAUGAUACUGAUAAAACAAAUCAAACAUUAAAAACAAAUAUUAGUCAUGCAAAAAAACAAAAACGUAAAGAACAAAGAAAAUAUUUACUAAAAAAAGGUUCAACAAAUGAAGAUUUACAAAUAAUAUUUGCUAUUAAAGAAUUAAUCAAACAAAGUUCACAACUAUUUCAACAAGGACGGUAUUUAAUUCGAAUACUUUAUGAACGAUUUUAUUCAAAUCAAUCAAAACAAUUACAACAAAUAUUGGAAACAUUUGAAAAUCAUAUGAAUAAUUGUAUUGAAUUUAUAUGGAAAUCAAAUAAUUUUAAUCAAAGAUUAGAAAAUGACGAACAAUUACGAUCGAUAGUUCAGAUUCCGGAUGAUCGGUUAAAUUAUAAAUUGAUUUUGAAUUGAAAACCAAACAAAAAAA